AUGGCAAACUCAACGGAAGUGUCCAUCCUGCACGGAUUUGAAUUUCCAACGUAUUGCACAGACCUAGAAAUAAGCCUAGAUAACAAGACCCUCCUGGCAGUGGGGGGAUACAAGCCGUGCAUUUCUCUAUUUGACCUGAGAGAGCACACACAGAAGCUUGAGAGACACUCGGACGAUGAACUUAUAAAGGGCACUUUCUUAGGAGAAGACUGGACGAAAAUAGCACUUCUCCACAGCUCGGGAAAGAUCGAGUUUCAGUCGCAGUUUGGAAAGCACGAAACAGUAAACCUCCCACAGCAGUGCCGAGACAUAAAAGCAGACAGAAUAAACGCAAAUAUUCUCUCAGCAGGCAAAGCAGGAGAUGUCUACGUUUUCAGCACAGAGGCAGGAAAGUUUUGCCCAACAAUAAAAACAAAAGUGGAAAGCUCUGAAGAAAUAGCCAUAAACACGACAAACACUUUAUAUGCUGUUGCAGGGAGCACCUCAGAAAACGCAGGAGUAUGCGAGUUUAUAGACAGAAGAUGCAACGAAAUGGUGAACAGUUUGGCUUUAGACACUUCAGCCACAUCGUGCACUUUUUCAGAAGACGGGCUAAUAUUUGCUGUGGGAACUGAAGGCGGACUUAUAUCAGUUUACGACAUGCGCAGUCCAGUCCCUCUGAUAGAGAAAGACCACAACUAUGAUUUCAGAAUCAAGAAGGUGCAGAUAAAAAACAAAAAUGUUAUAUCUCUUGAUAAAAAAGGCGUGAAGGUGUGGGAAAGAGCCACAGGAAAAGUGCUGGCAGCAGUGCAGCCCAGUUUUGACGCAAACUCCUUUGCUGUGUCUGAGGGCAUUCUUUUCCUGGGAGGAACUGCGGCAGAAAUGAAAACUUACUAUGUUCCUUCGCUGGGGUCUAUACCCAAAUGGUGCAGCAACUUGGAGGGAGCAACUGAGGAGAUGGACGAGAUGCAGAAGAUGACUUACUACGACCAGUACAGAUUUAUAACGGAAGAAGAGCUGGUGGAGCUGAAUCUGCAGAAAGAAGUGGGAAAGCAGAUCAAACCGCACAUGCACGGAUAUUUAAUACCGCACACACUUUACAACAAACAUGAGAACAAAAUGGAAGAGAAAAAGUAA